AUGGUCAGACAAUCCAUUGUAACACUCAGUGACGGCGCACAGGUGUUGGUUCGACUUCUCGGCGAGAGCGAAGACAGGAGCAAGCCGCUCCUCAUUGCUCUACAUGGCGCUCCGGGAAUGUCCAGCCAUCUAGAGCCAGAGAACUCCUUCGGCUUCCUGGCCAGUCGCUUUCGCGUGCUGGUGUACGACGCGCGAGGCAGCGGCGAGAGCGACCCCAAGCCGCCCUUGACCGACGAGCGCUGGAUCGCCGACCUUGACGAGAUCCGAACCUGGGCGGGAGAAGAAACAUUCCUCCUCGCUGGUGGCUCGUAUGGCGGCUUCGUCGCCCUCGGAUACACCCUCGCCCAUCCGCAGCGCGUCACCGGCCUGAUCCUGCGGGACACCUGGGCCUUUGGCCCCCGCGGCGCCGUCCGCGCCGCGAGCAACGUCGCGCGGUCCACACAGCUCACGACGGACCCGGCCCAGCAGGUGCGCCUCUGGUCGGGCACCUUGCGCGACGACGCCGACUUUGAAGCCACCGUGGCGGACUCGCUUCCCAUCUUGGCCUUCAAGAAACCGGCGGGGGCCGUACCCGCCGCGGGCGGCGGCGGCGCCUUUGAGGCUGCCAAGAUGCGAUUCCGCUACGAAACCCACAACGCGGCGUUCAGCUACAGCAUGCCCCGGUUUGACGUGCGCGCACGGCUGCGUGAGAUCCGGGCGCCGACGCUGGUGGUGGUGGGCAGGCAUGAUCCCAUCACGCCGGUGGAGGACGCGGAGGAGAUUCACGCGGGUAUUGGUGGUAGUGUCUUGGCGAUUUUUGAGUAUUCGGGCCACAGUCCGCCGUCGGAGGAACGUGAACUGUUUCAGGAGAGGGUGUGGGAGUUUAUGAAUAAGAUUAAUUGA